CUCACAGCCCACGUCAGCGAGCAAAAGGAGGCUAUAGCGGACGCACCUGUCGAGCAACAUUGUUAAUAAAGUAGCUCGUUCUUCGAUUAUGAAGUAAUAAUUGUUAUUAAAGUAGCACACUCCGAUUUCAAGGUGACAAUUGCGUGUCUUCAUCAUGUAUUAAUCUAAAUUGUUGCUCUCACAGGAUUCAUAUAUCGUAAUAAAGUCGAUUCUAUUCCAUUCCAUCGUAAUUAUUAAUAUAGAGUUGCCACAUAGAAAAUGAAUUGAAAAAUUUCGCGACUUUUGUAGAUUUUCCAGGCAACGGUAAAGAAUUCUCCACAUGAUCAAUAUGUAAUUUUUAAUUUUAACUUAUUAUAAUUAAGAAAAUAUGAUCUUAGUUUAGAAACAGGGAAAAGUAACUUUCGGCACAGGCAUUCAAGGGACGUCUUAAAGACGUCCCUACAUCCCAAGGACGUUCGUCGGAUAGUGUGCUAUAUGGGUUAUAUUAUUAGGAGCAAUACAAACUUGGAAGUUAAGUAACAUAAUGUAAUUCUGAAUACAAAUUCAGGCCGAUGAGAAAUAAAUGAGUACAGGAAUAAAGAAUGAAGUUACAACGGGAAAGGGCAAUUGAAUAGAAACGCUGAAUAAAACUGACCAAUUACAUUCGAUUGUUCUCCUCACGGUCGAGAAAUAACCGACUGUGAUUGGUCGCUUUUCUUAAGUUUUUCUGUGGCCCUAAUACGUAAAAAGUUAUUUGUAAAGUUCGAGAGUUCUGAACGCAUUUCACCAUAAAUGUUAAAUAUAAUAUUAAAAAACACGACAAGAAUACUCUUUAGAAUAAAAGAAUCGAGAAAAUUAUGAGCCAAGUUCAAAAUUCUAGACUCUUUAAAUAUCUUUCCCUGACUGUUCCUCGAUUCAAUUUAAAUUCUCGCGACUUUCCCGAGUUUCCAGAUCCGUAGCGGGCCUGUGAUAACGUACUUUUUCCUUCAUUUAAAAAGUACAGAGUUGGAGAAACUACUACUUCAGAGCGACCAUUCAUUUCCGAAACGUCAUUUCAUCAACCCUGACGCAGCACUGAGGUAAAAACCGAGGCGUUCACGACGGUGUCCACAGAAAUCGUGGACGGUACAGAUCGUCAUCGUCGGAUCAAGACGCGACGGAGACUCGAGGAGAACGCGGAAAAGGAAAGACGGGGGGGGGGGACACUGCCACGCGACUCUAUACUUUUCUAUUCUUUUCUUUCCUUUCGGCGGCGAGGGAGCCUGCGCGCCUUCUUUUCGGCUAUUUCUGAAUACGCCAAAGACGUAUUCGCGUCGCGCUUUAUAUUUAUAAAACCGGAGGAGAGAGAGAGAGAGAGAGAGAGAGAGAGGCAACAACCGCUCGUUGUCUCGUUGCAGGACUUCGCCGGUUUUUAAGGGGAAACAGAUAAAAACGCUCGUCAGCGAUAUUCCAUCCGGCUUUGCGUUAUCUGCGGAGGCGGCACAGAGGAAACAAACAAACACAAACAAAUACGCAGCAUCGUUAUGUCGCCGGCGUUCGUCGCGGCUGGUUCCGCAGACGCGCUCGACGUCCGCAUGUCGACGUGAAGGCGCCGGUUCAGCGGUGUGAACAAUUCACAAGCAGGGAGGAAAGUCGAGUUCUCUUCAUUUCGCAAGAACAAGAGAUGAUAUGCUGCAUACGUCGUAUAAAAAAUCGAUGAUGGAUUCGCCGGAGACAACGGUGAGGAACGAUGACGAGAAGCCGAUGAUUUAUCCGUCGAAGCUCGCGCCUUAUCACUUCACGAGGAUGCUCUUCUCGUCGAUGCAGAGACAGGUGACGGCGUUGCAGUUGAUCGCAUUGUUAACAAUAAUCUGCGUCACGUUGUUGAUACUGGCGCAGAACUCCGGGGAAAAACCGCACACGGGGACAAACAUAGAGCCGGCUGCCGCGCGAGAACAGACGUCGCCGAGGCAUGCGUGGUCCGUUGCGCGCGUCGCGUCCGAAAUAAUACCGCGGGUAACAAUGUCGCGGGAUCAGAUGGAGCACGCACGGAGAGAGUUAAAUGCCAGGAAACGAUGGCUGUCGAGCGCGUGCCGGGCCAUCGGCUCGAAGAAAUCGCACCUGGACGCCGCGUUGACGAACAUGAUCGUCGACACGGAACACAACGUGUCGUGGUGUCCCAUAUACAAGGUGGCGAGUUCCACAUGGAUGAGUUACUUCGCCGUAUUAAAGGGCAUUCUGACGGACGCUGCGAUGGACCGGGUGCGGCACGAUCACAUUCAGCUCAACGAAAUCGUAAGACAAAAGUUCAUGCGCGUCGAAGAUCUCAAUAGGACGCACGAGAAGGUAAUGAAGACGAAGAAGUUCCUGAUCGUGCGACAUCCGCUGGAGCGUCUUCUGUCCGCCUACAGGGAUAAGUUGGAGCACAUGGAGGGCCGCGAGUAUUACUACAAGCGCUUUGGCCGGCGCAUCGCGUUCAAGUAUCGUCUAUCCGGCAACGAGACGAGAUUAGAACCGACGUUCGAGGAAUUCCUCCGAUUUAUCGUUAAGGAGAAAUUCUUCGACGAGCACUGGGCGCCGUACGAUCGGACCUGCGGGCCCUGCGCCGUGCGCUACGACUACAUACUGAAGUUCGAGACUCUGGACCGAGAUGAGAAUUUCUUCGUGCAGGACGCCAAUCUGGGCGGGUAUCUAUACGAGAAGAACUACGUGCGGAACAUCAAUCCUCACGGGACAACCACUAAGGAAAUCCUUAGCGAGUACAUCAAGAAGAUACCGCGACCGCUUCUCGACGAAAUCAACCAGAUUUACGAGAACGAUUACAAAUUAUUCGACUAUUCGUUCGUCUGACAACUGUUUCAUCAGUUAUAUUGUAUAUAGGCAGCUCAUAAUCAUAUCACUGUGGUGUCGUUGUAUCGCUGAAAGAAUUGUACAUAAAACUAUAAAUGAAAGAA